AUUCACAAUAUCUGUUCUUAUUUUCGAUAAAGUGAGUGAAAUAAUUGUGAAUGCUCAGAAAAAUAAAAUAAAAAAAAUAAAAACUAAUUUUGAUAAUAAAAAGUAAAUAGGUCUACGAAAAUUGAUUUGAUUAAGAAUGGCACGUACCAAGCAGACUGCUCGAAAAUCUACUGGAGGCAAGGCUCCUCGUAAACAACUGGCAACAAAGGCUGCUCGAAAGAGUGCCCCUUCAACAGGUGGAGUUAAAAAACCUCAUCGUUACAGGCCUGGAACAGUGGCUUUGAGAGAAAUCAGACGUUACCAGAAGUCUACUGAGUUGCUGAUAAGAAAAUUACCAUUUCAGCGCUUAGUGAGAGAAAUAGCACAGGAUUUCAAGACUGAUCUGAGAUUUCAGAGUGCAGCUAUUGGUGCACUUCAAGAAGCAAGUGAAGCGUACCUUGUAGGUCUCUUUGAGGAUACAAACCUGUGUGCUAUCCAUGCAAAACGUGUCACUAUCAUGCCGAAAGACAUCCAGUUGGCAAGACGAAUUCGAGGAGAGCGUGCAUAAACACUGUUGUCAACAGUAUUAUACAAGCACAUCCACCUUUUAUCAUCUGAUUUUAAUCAUAUAUCCAUGAAACUUUUUUAUAAACAGAAAUUGACAUCAUUGAAACCAAAUCGUUUUGUAAGUUGCUGAUUUUAAGUUAUUUUACUGCUCAAGCAGGUAAGGUGGCACUCUGGGAUCAUCUUCUUUUUUUUUUUCUUAUUUUGUUACAUUCACCCCAUGGAACUAUGUUGUGGAGACUAUGAUGUUAUGUGUGUUUAUCUUGCUUGUAGGCAACUUGUAUUAUGUGAAGUAAAAAAAAACAAAGUUGUGUGUAGAUUGUGUUGUGUGAUCAAAUUGGCUGUCUGUAUAUUGUAGAGUUCAAAAGACUAAGAAGAUGAAGCAGAUAGUUUCACUGCCAGAAACAUAGGUACAACCCUCCAGACACAACUUGUUUUAAUUUGAUCUACAAUUAGAGGACAUAUGACAGUUUCAUAUUUGGUAUGUUUUAACAGUUCAAUAAACAUUGUUUGACAUUCCA